GUAAUGCAUGAAAGUCUCAUCAUUCAUCACAAGUACUACUAUCUCCAACUAUAAACAAACUCCGGAUUCUCAUUAUCAGUCAAAUCCGAAAACUCCUGAUUCUCUAAUUUCUGAUACGCAGGCCGCGCUGUAAUCUCCGCCUUCCUGCUAUUCUCUUUCCUACACCAAAGAUAAAUAAACAACAUAAUCCCCAGCCCCACCCCAUAACACCAAAGAAUCACAAUCUCAGCCGGAACAUAUCUCGGCGCAUGUUUCGGUCUGAAAGUUUGCGGUCCAAUGAUAUUCCCAACACAAUACGCGAUCAAAUACAUGGCCGCGACGGUGGUCUUUUUCGUGUAGCCGGCAACGUUGGUGGAGAUUAGGGAGAGGAAGGCGACGAAGGGGGUUGCGGUGGCUUGGGUGAAGGAGUAGCCUGCGAGACGACCUGUGUUGUUGUCGAGGGGGAGACCGAUUAUUAGGGCCAUUCCUAAAAUUCCGAGGAGACCGGAGCUGGAGAUCGUAUGGCAUCUGCCAGCGGCGCUGGUACCUUCUUCUCCAGCUCUGGGUCUAGCUCAUGGCCGCAGACGGGCAUAGGAAAUUUUGAGGGAGAGCGUGGUGGAAAGGAAAUAGAGGCGACCAUAAUGGCACUACGCGCCAUCUCUCCUCCGCGUAGGACCAUAUCACAGCAUUGCCGAUCUCCCGGACAAAGGCGGGCAUGCGAGUGUGUCGGCGGCGAUCUUACGAAUAGCAGUGAAGAUGUUUCGUUGCAUGUUUGGGAAGUGGGGCGAGGGGUCGGGGUCGGGCAGGAUGUCGGAAGCUUGCGCCCCGCUUUGUAG